AGACAAGGAGCACUGCUGCUCAGUCAUUCAGACUGACACCGUGAAGGGAACAAAACAGGGGAAUGUAAUCCAAGGGGUGCGACCCACUCAGAGCAAUAGCCAGAGAUACAGACAGAAUACACCCAGGCAGCGAUGGAUCGAGAGAAAUAGGAUCGAGGAGAGGGACAGCGACUCAGGGAGAGAGAGAGAGACAGAGAGAUAAAGGAGUAAGAUCAGCGGAACGCAGCGAGGUGGCUACAGACAGAGAAACACUGACAGACUGAGAAAACAGCAGGAACACCCCUCAGUCCCCCACCCCCAGCCAUCUCAGCCGGAGCAGGGAGCCAGCGCUGGGGCUGUUGGAGGAUGAAGAAGACGCUGCCGAAUAAGAGGGGAACCCAGGACGGCAAUCAGCCCCCCAGCCAACCCGAGAAAUCCGGCUGGAUCCGCAAAUACUGCGGGAGAGGAAUAUUCCGGGAGAUCUGGAAAAACCGCUUCGUCAUCUUAAAGACAGAUCAGCUGUACAUCUCAGAGAAAGAGGUUAAAGAUGAGAAGGUGGUCCUAGACAAGUUUGACUUGACGGACUACGAGAAAUGUGAAGAACUGCGCAAAUCGAAAAGUCGAAGUAAGAAGAGCCACAGUAAAUUCACGUUGCUGCGUAACAAACAGCCGGGGAACACGGUCCCAAACCUGGUCUUCCUGGCAGUGAGCCCUGAGGAGAAGGAGUCCUGGAUUAAUGCCCUGAGCAGUGCGCUCAGCCAAGCAAAGAAUCGGAUCCUCGAUGAGGUGACUGUUGACGAGGAAAGCUUCCUUGCUCACCCAACUCGAGACCGUGUGAAGAUCCAGCACUCUCGCCGACCACCCACUCGCGGUCACUUGAUGGCAGUGGCGUCUACCUCCACAUCUGAUGGCAUGCUGACUCUCGAUCUGAUCCAGGAGGAGGAUCCAGCCCUGGAUCGCCGUGGGACUUGUGCAGAUGGUUUCUGUAGCCAGCACAAACCCAACUAUGAAACCUCCACUAAAAGCUGCGAGAAGGGAAACCCGGUGACAGAGAAGGAUUGCUCCUCCAGGGUGGGCAGACUACAGAAGAGAGGAGACAGCUGGCAGAGGGAAUCCGCCACCUCUCUAGAUCGGGAGGGGGGCUCCUCACCAGACAUUCCGAAAAAGCUACCCUUUGCAGAGCUAAACAAGUGUGCAUCCGAGGAAAUUCUGUCCCGAGCAGGAACUGCCAACAGGUCUGCAUUACGGAAAGGCUUUGAGACUCAGACGAGUAAUAUAGAACAGGAGAAACUAGGGCAGGUCAGGGAACUGAUUGCACUGAAACUGGAGAGAACUCAACAGCUGUUACUGGAGGCUGGCCGUGGGAGCUGGAAAAGGCAGGACAGAGACUCCCCGGGGGUAUCAGAGGGACAGGUCACUCUGAAUGACACUGAGUGGCUACUCAGUGAGGCUCUGUCCAACUGGAACCAAGCCAAGCAGGUUCUGCAGGAGGUGAAGGAACUGAGGCACCUCUGCAAGCAAUCAGCUCGAAUGCACACAGGGCCAGCACUGGGGUCAACCAGCCAACCUCCUUACAGGGGAAGUCUGAUGUGAACUUCACGGGUCUAUCAUGUGUGUCUUGGUAAUCCUCCUUCUCUUGUCCAAUUGGAAGACUUUGAGCAUGCUGGCAAAGGGUCACGUGGUUUCGCGGUGACCUUAACUUGGAUUUAGUCCUGCAGGAACAGAUGGGUCUUAUGGCCUGAACUUGCGCCGUCCUAUCUGGAAGGGAAGAGCUAUGAAUUCACCUCAUUCCACCAAGGCAGCAGUUGUCUGUGAUGAGGAUUGGAAACUUUUCAAUGCAAAGCCUUUGUAACAAACUGGAGAGGAUGGUAUCUGAAACAAAUUUGGCUGUUUGGUUUGGGGUUGGGUGAGGGUGAGGGACGGAAACCCCAAAAGCUUGCAGGGGUGAGACUGCCCUGAGAACUGGAAAAAGUAGAAGGGCCCUUUCCUUUCUUGUUGGUUAUCAGUAUUUCCACCUUGAAUCAACAUCGGGAUAAGUUUUUACACAAACACAAAGUACGGCAAAUCCUGGAGAUUUGGAAAUAAAAACUAAAAGUGUUGGAAAUACACAGCAGGUUACACAGCGUCUGUGGACAGAAAAACACAGCUAAUAUUUCAGCUCACCAGGACGCUGAUCUGAAAUGUUACCUCCAUGGAUGCUGUCAAAAUUAUUGCACACUUCCAGCAUUUUCUAUUUUUUAUUUCAGGAUAAUUUACUCAGUACCAAAUCCCAUGAUCCAGACCUUUUAAAGGAGCUGUCCUGGAUAUGUCAAAAUUCGAAAAAUGACUCUCAGUCCCUGACAUGGAGAUUUAUUUCUCAACAGUAUUAAAUGGCAGUGACUAACCUCAGAACUCAAACAAGCCACCCCCACAAGCCCACCUAUACCAUCGUUUCUUCUUUUCUAAUCAACCAAACAGUAUUCUCACUGCCCUCCCCUCCUCACCCAUGCUGCUAGCUUUAUCACAUCGAUAACACAGCGGUUAGCACUGCUGCCUCACAGCGCCAGAGACCCGGGUUCAAUUCCCGCCUCAGGCGACUGACUGUGUGGAGUUUGCACGUUCUCCCCGUGUCUGCGUGGGUUUCCUCCGGGUGCUCCGGUUUCCUCCCACAGUCACAAAGCUGUGCAGGCUGGGUGGAUCAUCCCCUAGUGACUAGGGAUAUGAAGGAUAGCCCUCAGAAAUGUGGGGCUACAGUGUGGCUGGGUGGGAUGCUCUUCGGAGGUUCAGGGUGGACGUGAUGGGCCACAUUGCCUGCUUCCACUCUGUAGGGAUUCUAUGAUAUCCUGCCCAUCUUUUCUUCAUCCCAGCCCCUAACAACUCCUCACCUUCCGACCCCCCUCCUCCAUCCCACUCCAGUUCCGAGCCUGUCUCACCUAUCCUCCCUUCAGCUGUAUCCUGCCCCUGUGAGGAUUGUCCUUGUGAGGAUCAAAUACGGGUGCCACAUCUCCUCCAGGGCAGCAACCGUUAGUGAAAGGUGAAUAGACUUGACCAUUGGGUGCCAACUAGCUCACAGGGCCUAGUUGUCUAAAAUCCGUGGGGAAGGGAGGGUUACAAAGAACUUGUAACAUGCUGAUCUUUGUAAAGUGGCAGGGGUAAGAAAUCGGCGAACUGACCAUGUAGCAAGGUGGGCCUCCUUGCCAAGAGGGGCACCUACUUAUCUAAUCCAGCUCAGAAAUAUCAGGACCUCAGUGGAGGGGAUUACAUGGUCCAAAUAUUUUAUGAUGCUUCUAAUUGCUCAGUGUUCUUAAGGUGCUAUGAGUCUGGACUGUCCAGCUAUUUAUUCAAGGACAGUGUUACAUCAGCCUAAAGGAAUAGACUGUAAUCUCAGUCACAAUCACCAUCUUCCUGUUGGUUGUAAGGGUGCCCUGAUGUUCUGUGUCCUGCAGAACAAUUCAGAGUAGGCAAUAUGUAAACCAGGCUGAGAGAAGUGACAGGCGAAUCAUGUUUCAUUUUUUCAAGAGUAAGCUCUGGGUCUUCCCUUCCCCCCUACCCAGCGCUGUCAGAUCCUGAUCUAUCUUUACUUCUUUUGAAUUUUUUUGAAGCUGUGAUUUUAAUACAAUUAAAUUAA